AUGAAAUAAAGUGUAUUACAGAAGGUAAGUGAAUCUUAUAAAGACGUGCAUGAUCUCAACACAAAGGCUACUAAGGAUUCGCAACCUCUUCUGAAAUAUAAAAUAGAUCUAGACACAGAUCACUUAGAAAAAUAUCUCAAAUCAAUCUAGUCUCUUCAAAUUUAAUAAGCAAAAGCAUUGAAUUAGGUGAUUGAGAAGUUAGAGAGCGAUGAUGACAGGCAGGGUGAGCUAAUGCUUCAUCUAGAUAAAAUUGAAAAAAGAAUCGAGGGGACUCAAGAUUUGAGAGUUAAGAUAAUGGUCAUUGAAAAUGAAUUAGAGAAACAUCAGGCAAAACUCAAAAAUUUUGAAGAGAUAGAAUUCGAUACAAAAAUGAAUCAGCGAUUGCAAGAACCUUUAGAAAAGAUUUAAAUGCUAGAGGAUGAAGUAGCUCUCAUGGAUUAAUAAUAUAUAACUGAGGAUAACAAUCUAAGCAAAAACUUAAACGCAAUAGAAAAUAUUUCGAUGAGGCCGGAUUAGCAAAAUGAAGAUGGCAUGGGCUUUGAAAUGAAAAAGACGUUUGAUAUGAGUUAACUUGGGAACAAUUAAAACCAAGAAAGCGAUUUCAAACCUAAAAAAAUGGCAGGAUUUCACAGAUAAAUGACUAAAAUGAGCGUUGUUUAAAGAAGGCAAUUCGGAACUGAUCCUUUUGAGGCUGUAAAAUAAAUGCUCGAAAAAAGAGUUGAGGAUCUAGAAAAAGCUGUUUACAUAUAUGGUAUUGGAGAGGAAAAAAAUAAUUUGUAAAAUGAUGGUUUUACUCCAGGAUCAGUCAAAUCUCAAAAGAACAACCUUCAAGGAGAUUCUGCUUAGAAAAAUAAGUUGAAAUUUGACUUUAGAAAAAAUGCAGCAGAGAAAUUAUUAUUUUCGGGUGAUAACCAAUAAAAUUUAUCUCCAUAAUAACGUGCAAAACUAAGAGAGUAAAUUUUAGAGAGGGUUUUGCAUAUGAAUCCAUAAAAGCUAAAUGAAAAUUUAGUUGUAGAGCUUUACAGCAAGUACAAGUUGAUGAACGCAGAAGUUUAACUGUAUAAUGAAUUUUUUGAAAAACUUACUUCCAAGGAGCUAGACGUAAGUGAUAUGGGACAAUUUCAAGAUAAGAUGCGUAGAGUUGGAAUAUCAUUAGUUGGAGAUGUAGAAUAAUUGAAAGAUGAUUGUUCUUCCGUUAAGUUCGUGGAAGAUAAACUAGAAUUCAAUAAGAGAGUUCAAUAACUAAAAAGGGAAUUAUUGAUUGAUUUGAAUCUCAAUAAGGAUUUAGUGAGGAACUAUGAGCUUGCAGCGAGAAGACUAGAAAACGUGUUGAUUCAUAAAAUAGAUGCAGAAAAGAUAAAGGAAUUUGACAAAGUAUUAAAGGAUGAUGUCAAGGAUUUUUUAAGUUUAACAUCAACUGGGAAAAAAUUACAAGAUCUGGAUUUUAAAGUAAACUAGUUCAACGCCUAACUCAAUGAGAUGAUGAUAUUGGUAGGAAAUAAGAAUUCAGAUUUGGAUGAUAGUGGUGUAAAGGAUAAUCUCAACAUCUCUGAAAAGUUCAAGAGCAUAGAAGCUAGACUUCAAGACAUUUACAGUUUUUACAAUAGAUACCAAAGGAAAUUCAGUAUGACAAAUGGCUAAGAUGACUUUAGGUCUUCGAGCGAGGAGGAUAGUAAUUACAACCAAAGGAAAUUGCAUGACAAACAUAGAUCAAUGCAAGUACUGACAAACAAAGAAGACUCAAUGGGAAUAUCUCAAAAAAGUCCUCCUUAGAGUCCAGGCAGAAGGAAGAAGAAGGGAUCUGGAUACGAAAAGAGAAUUAGUAUUUUAAAUGUAUAACCGAGCACAGGAAAAUUGUCAAAGCUCAGUGAGUUAGAUGACUUGAAAGAAUAUGUUAAAGGUCUAGAAUUUAAAUUAAACGGAUUCAUGAUGAAAGUUGAAGAGAAUUUCCAAAAUGAUUUUGGUUCAGAUGGGGAGGAAUAUCUUCAUAAACCUAACAGUAACUCACCAUAAAAUAGCAAAGAAGACUUGACAUAAAUAGGGGCUAAACAAAAACAGAUUUCUCAGGAGGUUAUGCAAAUUAGAAACUAGAUGAGUAAACAUCAGAUUCAAAUAGCUAGGCUGGAUUAGGAACUGACUAGGUAAGAUCAGCAAAGAUAGGCUCAUGAUUUCGAUAAGAUUUACAAAACAGUUUAGGAAAAUUAUGAACUGUUAAAACGAUAUAUAGAUGAAGUUAACAGCUAUUCAAAAGAUUUCUAUGAAAGAAUCUAAUCAAGGUUGAAUUUUAAAGCUGACACAGAUUUCUUUUAAAAGCAUCAGAGCAAUGUUGAGGAGAAAAUUGUAUCUGAACUAAAUAGGAAGAUUGACAAACUAGAACUCAAAAGAGCGCAUAAUGCAAUCAGGAGAAAACUUGACAAGCUUGAGGAUAAAGUUAUUGAUCUAAAGAACAAUCCUAGAGGUAGAGAUCAAGUUGGGCCAGUAGCCCUUUCAAAUACAAACAAAAAAUGCAUAAGCUGCUAUAGAGAUAUGAAUGAAGAGUUGCAAUACCUAUAAAUGACUCCUUAAAAACCUUCAACAUCUAUGUAGACAGAAAGAGGUCCACAGACUUAAGUUUUUAAUCCUUUGAAUAGUGGUUCUGUGAUGAUACCAUUCACAAAUGUUCCACUAACUAACAAAUAUCUAUUUAGGGAGCUAGCUUAAAAAGGCAGAAAAUAUGGCUUAGGCUUUAGCAGAAUCUUAAAUAAGAUUUAGCCAAAUUAAAUUGAAGAAAUAUAAGUGGGUUUUAUGACUCAUCGGGGUUUGGUUGGCUCUCUAUCCAGAUAAGAAUUGCAAGCAAGGGCCUCAAUUCCAAGAUAGCUCGACACUAAUCUUCAUUAAAAUCAGAUUUUUGACGCAUAAGAUAUUAGAGGGUCUAUUCGGGAAAGUGGAAGCAUGGAAAGAAAAAUAUCGUUAAAACUACCUACUCCUAAAAAUACGACACCCAAUCUACAAUAAUAGCAACAGGUCCUAAAUAAUUCAGGCAAAAUAUCAGUUUAAAAUAACUACAGAAGCAUUAAAUCUCCAUCCUAAAAUGUGCUGAUAAAGUCAUAAUAACUAGCAAAUUCAAGAAUAGGACUGUAAACAAGCUCAUAGCAAACUAUAGCCACAUCAACUCAUCUGCUUUGA